GAGCUAAGCGGCUGCCGCCAAUUUUUUUCACAAAUUACGUGCGGUAUUGUAUUUCAGAUGCGCAUCUAGUGAUGUGUCUCUACGAAUGGCCGCGGACCAAAAUGGCAAUCAUCCAUCACCUGCGUUCACUCCUACUGUUUAUAGUGUAUCUGCUUGAUCUUGUCGAUGCAGGGUCAAGCUGCGGCGACAAGAAUAAGGAUGGAUAUACAGCAGGAAUUACCACAACAACAACUACUCAUCCUUCGAAUUAUGUUCCUUACGGUGGUCAAUCAGACAUCAAACCACCUCCACCAUCUAAAACCACAUCAACCACAACAACAACGACAACGAUUACUCCUUCGAUCAUUCCUGAAGGAGGGUGUCGCGUUUACACCAGGGAAGAAAAAUACAAAAUGCUGGCGGAUUUGGGAUCAUACAAUCAAAUUUUUAUGGCAGACACGGCUGAAGAAGCAGCUCUGAAUUUCGCUCCUGUGUUCAAGAAACUGCUUUAUGGAGAAAAACCAUAUCCUGACUACGAUGAUGUCCGUAUUAUAAACGGUACCGUUGAACGAGCUUGCCGCAGCAAGGAGAGACCACGAUCACCCGCACCACCCUCAAGUUCUACCACCUCACCAAGGAAGUUGCAGAAUGGAUUCUUUUUCGUUCUUGCUUGGGAAGCAUGUAUGCCAGCAGGCUCUGCAGUCCAGCCGAGAGGUCUGCGAUUAUGCACACACUGCCAGCGCGCCUUCAAAACCAACUGCUUUCCGGGUUAUAUAAACGCAGCGCAAUGUCAGACCGAAGCGAAUUGUAUAUUUAGCAAUGGUACGCCUUAUGGAUUUUCAAGGAAAGAAGUGUUGCCCAUGUAUUUGUUACGAAAUAAAGGAACUUCUGGAUGUGAAGAUCUUGUAGAAGAACAAAUGGAUUUACCAGUGUCAUGUCAGUGCUACCUCAGCGAAUCCGCUCCGUUACAAGCCACUCCUUAGGAAUGUGACUGGGCUUCGCACACCGAUGCAGCUCUCAUAUACAGUGC